AUGUCCUCCGAGACCGAGUCGCUGCGGAAGAAGGUGGCGACCCUCACGGUCAUCAACGGCGCCCUCCAGAAGGAGAACGACGACCUGCGCGCCGCGCGGGACGACGCCGGAGGGGCGUCCUCGUCGCGGGGCGGGAACGAUGCCUCCGCCGAUGCCUCCGCCGUCGUCGCGCAGGUCGAGGCCGAGUGCGAGGCGCGACUGCGCGAAGCCGACGAGACCAUCGACGAACUCAGGCGCGAGCUGACGGAGAUCGCCAAGGGCGGCGACGCCGCGCAGUCCGCCAACAGGGACAAGACCGUCAAGCUGCGCGAGGCCAAGAACGAGAUCGCGUCCUUGCGUCGCAGGGUAUCGGAACUCGAGGGGAACGAGCGGCGCCUCAACUCGCAGCUGCGCGACGCCGAGGCGGACGCCGCGCGCGCCGCGAAAGCCGCGGAGAACAACAGCAAGACGGCGGACGGCAUACGCGAGGAGCUGGGCGCGUCGCAGGCGGAUGCCAACCGAGAGAUCCAAUCCCUGCGAAGGCGACUCAACGAGAGCGAACAGACGGCGGAGAAGACGAUCGCGACCCUGCGGGAGACGCUGGAGAACGAGCGCAGCGAUGCCACCGCGAAGGAGGCGAAGCGCGCCCGCGCCCAGGUGGCCUCCGCGGAGACCAGGGCGGCCAUCGCGGAGGCGGAGGCGGCGAAACUGUCCCGAGAGCUAAGCGAGAGCUCAGCGAUUGCAGAGUCACGAGAGGAAUCGCUCAGGCGAGAGCUCCGCGCCGCCGAGGACACCGCGCGAACGCUGGAGGCGACGCUCUCGGAGCAGAGGCACGCGGGCGGGUUCGCGCGGGAGGUGGCCGGCGCGGUCGCGACGGUGACGCGCGAGUUGGAACGGGAACGGACUAGCCGGCGAAAAGCGGAGGACGAACACGCGGAUCGCGUACGGGAACGCGACGUCACGAUCGAGCGCCUCGAUGCCGACAUCGCACGACUUCGUGAGCAGCUCCGCGAUGCGAAGAGUGCGGUGUCCCGCGCGGAGGCGGCGCGUGACGAGCGCCGGACGGCGGCUGACGAAUUCGACCGUCAACGAUCGGAAGCCGAGUCGGCGAAGGAGAAAGCGAAGGAAGAGGCGGAGAAGGCGGUCGCCGUCGCCACGGCGAGGGCGCAAAAGGCGGAGCGCGAGUGCGAGCUCCGCGGGGAGAAGUGCGCGGUGCUGAGCGCGGAGCUGGUGGCGCUGGAGGAGCAGGUCGCGAGGGCGGAGCUCGAGGCGAUCCGGGCGAGGCGAGACGCCGACGACGCGAAGAAGGAGGCGGAACGGAUCCGCGCGGUGAGUCACCGGGGUCGGACAGACGACGCGGCGGCGACUGCCUCGGCGACUCCCGAGUCGGCACCCCCUCGGCACCCCGCGAUCGCGCCGCGGGGUGCCGAGAACCCCGAACCCUCUGACGAGACGCCGCCGACGCAGCCGGCGCCGUCCGUCGGCGGGUUCGACGUCGCGGCUCUCGUCAAGGCCAACAAGGCGAACUUCGCGAACGAUUUCGACGUCGAGACCGCGAACUGGCUCACGUCCAAGGAGAAGCGUCUGAUCGCCGCCGAGCGCCGGACGCAGGCGGCGCUGCGUUCGAAGCUGGCGGAGGCGGAGGCGAAGGCGGCGGCGCUGACUGAGCGGGUGGAGGAGCUGGAGACGUCGCUGCGGGACGCCGAGGCGGCGGGCUCGAAUUCCGGCGGGGACGGCGGCGAGGGCGCGAAGAAACGGCUGAAGGAGUUGAGGGACGCGCUGCGAGAGGAGAGGGAUGCGGCGGAGUCGUUGACCGCGCGGCACGAGACGCUGCUGGAGGUGCUCGGCGAGAAGGAGGAGGAGGCUGACAGGCUGGCGAGGGCGGUUGCCGCGCUCAGGGGCGCGGGCAGGGAGUCGCACGCGGCGUUCAGGAGCGCGCUGGAGCGGCAGCUGGAGGAUGCCGAGGUCGCCGGUUCGAGUCCGGGGAAGAUCGCGGGGCGAGUGUUCGUCAGCAAGGACGUGGACGAGCCCCUCGAAGACUAA